UCUCGUCUUUCCUACCAGGUUCUAGCUCAUCUGGAGGCGAAAAGGCGACGGAACACACCGGCCUCUAUCACCGUCGGCCGAGUUGUAUAGAGAAGCACCAAUAGGACCGGAAGGGUGAGGUUGUCGAUUUUUGAAAAAUAUCACUCAGAAUCGGUUAUUGAGCGUAAGCAGUGAAUGACACUAACUAAAAGUUGACAAAUGUCUGACAAUCAUCUGGAAAACCAACAGACUAUUUCCCGGAUACGCCCUGUUAGGGACCUAAUCGCCGUGCCGCCGCGAGUUAGACGGUCGGCUGAUCUCGUUGGCAAACGGACGACUGCACAGUUAACAUGCUGAACAUUGCACAUUGCACCAGACAAAUGGAUUUGAGCAAUUGGCUCUCAUGUCGGCACUUUGUCAUGAGGUGGCUGCGAUACCACGAGCACCAGCCAUGACGAGGGGCUCACACUGUUCAGAGCGUCCGAUGGACAGGUCCAAUGUCCAUUGACACCACGGUGAUACGAUGGUCGUUUGGACACCUGGGCGCUCGAUGACCUUAUCGAUACCUAGUAUCACGGAAACUUUAUUUGCCCAUCAUCGAUACCACGACGAUUCCGAUGGACCCAUUGACAUCGAGAUAGGAUGGAUUGUCAUCUUGUCAUCCUGCAAUACACAAUAGACAUGGCGCACAAGUCCCUUCGGAAGGCCAUGGAUUCAGAAAAAGUAUUUCCAAGGCCACCUAAACCCACAGCCACCGCUCCCGCCCAGCUCCGACCCGCCCGUCCACAGGGUCGGCUAGGGGGAGGGGGGGGGGACCGACACACCGCGGUCACCACCGUGACACCCCGAGUGCCAUAUAAGCGGGGGUCGGCCGUCUGGAGGCACCACUGUUCUGCAGCACCGCCGGAGACUCCCUCCCACACGGCUCAGUCGAGAUGAACGCCAGGAUUCUGCUUGUGCUGUGUGCCCUGGUGGCCGCAGUUUCCGCCUCCGGCCACGGCCACGGUCACGGCCACGGCUACGGUCACGGCUACGGCCACCGGUACGGACGUUCUCUGGGGCACGGUUACCGUUACGGACACCGACACGGACGGUCCGUGAACUACGGCUACGCCAGCCACGGCUACGGUCAUGGUAACCACUACAACGGUCACCACCGCUACGGCCGCUCGGCUCCCUACAGCCACCCUGGCUACGGCUACGGCUACAGCCAUGGCUACGGCUACCUUCACCACCGCUACGCCCGCUCGGCUUCCUACGGCUACUGAGCCACCACGGCUACGGCCACGGCUACGUCGCUGUGAGGAGGCCUGUGUACGGCCCUCACCCGAGCCGCUACCCGCACCAUUAGUGGGAGCUCUCCGGAGUGACGGCUGCUGAACAGUGCUGCUUUGUCUCGCAACAACACGGCCAUGUGGCGGGGAGAUUGUCUCGGGAGAGAAAAUUUUCCCUGCAUACUCAUGGCCUUGUCAUCAAAUACAUACAUGUCUAUGCUACUUCUCAAA